UUCGGUAGUUCAGUUACCAGCGAUAAGUCGUCACAUUUGGACGUAAUUUCAACAGAAGGCAUUCAAUCGGCAACCACACUUAGCCACCAUGCCACCACCACCCCACGAUCAUUGCGGAGGACCGCCUCAUCGUCGUGGACCCGUUAUUAAGGUGCAGAUUGCACCACCAUGGCCACGCCGCCAUCACCGCCCACCACCCCAAGUGGUGGUGGUGCAGCAGCAAGCUCCGCCACCAGUCAUGGUGGUGCAGCAGGCUCCUCCACCGCCGUACUACCAAAAUCCACCGCCACCACCGCCCGGUAGCAGCCACUACCACAAUCCACAGUAUUGAGAAGGAUCUGCGAUCUGCAAGAUCCUUUACAAUGAAUUUAUACUACGUAGUCUUACUUACCAAAUAUAGUCGUCAAUAAAGUAAAACCCAAUAAACAAAGAUAA